AUGAUCAGUGAAGAGUCAGUAUUCUGUGUCAAACUGCCACAGAAGAUAGCGGCUGGAGACAGACUGCGGGGGCAGUACCAAGACCCCAACAGUCUCUCCAAUCUGGACCAGGACCUCCCCAAUAACAUGAUCCACCAGGUGGCGAUCAAAUCCCUGCCCCAGGACUGGCUGUGGUGUGAAACGUGGUGUGAUGAUACCUCCAAAGCCACCGCCAAGACCAUCGACCUGUGUAAUAACCCUAAGACCAAGGAGCCUAAGCUGAAGGCGGCGGUGAGGAUUGUGCCUGAGUGGUCGAGGUACGACAGUGAGGUGAAACAGUUCCUCAGACGCGUUCAGGAGAAUCAGUCGAAAACACCGCAUUCAAGCCCAUCCACUGCCCCACCACAGCCUACAGGCCAACAUUUAGACAGUCAGCAUGAUGAACUUUAGCCCGAGCUGGAGUGCGUGACACAGAGGAGAGAAGAGAGCGAUAUCUGUGCUUUAUCCUCCUGUGUGAGGUGUGACA